GCAUUAUCUCACUUUAUCAGUACGUAUUUGUUUCCAAAGCGCGCACCUAGAUAAAUUUGCUGAAUUAUAAUCAAUGUUGGGCGAUUUCUGUCAAAUGGAAUAUAUUGUUAUGCCUCGUGAUUGUGUUAAUUAAUUGUGUCUUUUGGAAAUCUUGAAAAUGUCGGAACAUAAUUUGUUAAUAAAAAUUUGUUUAGAUGUCAUAGCUCUCUUGAUCGUUGGAUUCGCUUGGCUCGCUCUGCUUCUGUGGGCCAAACCUUAUGAGCGAGGUUAUUUCCAAAAUGAUCAGUCACUUAGUCUUCCGUUUAAAGAAGAAGCUAUCUCCGAAACUCUGCUUGCAGGCCUUGGAUUUGCUUUAUUAAUCAUCACUAUACUAAUUGUUGAAAUAAUACGAAAUAUCAAGGGCAAGUCAGUCUCGGAUAAGUCACUUUGCGGUACUGAGAUUCCUGGAUGGGUGUGGGAGUCAUAUGUGGCCAUUGGGUUGUUCACAUUUGGGGCCGCUUGUCAACAACUAUUGGUCACCAUGACCAAAUAUGUCAUUGGACGGUUGAGACCACAUUUCUUUGAUCUAUGUGUGCCUUCGAUCUUGAGUACUACCAGACAAGGUUACGUGUCAGAGUUUUCCUGCGCCGGCGCAGGGGGUGCAGCAAAAUUGAAAGACAUGCGUCUUUCCUUCCCCAGUGCGCACGCCAGCUUUUCCAUGUACUGUGCCGUUUUCUUCAUAUUGUACAUACAAGUGAGCGCUAGAUGGCGCGGAUCGAAAUUGUUGCGUCACGUGGCACAGUUUGUUGUUCUACUCGCCGCGUGGUACGUGGGUCUUUCCCGUGUGGUAGACAACAUGCACCAUCCCAGUGACGUUGCCGUCGGGUUCACAGUUGGAGCGGUGGCAGCGCUAAUUACUUUCGCAUACUUGUACAAGCCGAAGAUUGUCGAGCGUCGUACGUCAUGGCUCACCGAGCCUUCGACCCAACCGGAAUUCCUACCAAGACCUGUAUUAAUGACGCGUAAUAAUUAAGACUGAAUACAAUAAACGAUUAUAUUAAAA